CGGGGGGCCACAGACGCGCAUGCGCAGUUGGCGCGUGGACACUGCAGUGUGCCCAUCAUGGACGGGGACGGCACCACGAAGCUGGAGUUUGCUGUGCAGAUGAGCUGCAGGAGCUGCGAAGAUGCGGUGAAGAAGGCUCUGCAUGGAGUGCCAGGUGUGCUGGGAGUGCAGGUGGACUUGGCGAAAGAGCAGGUGCUGGUGGAUACCGUACUCCCAUCAGCUCAAGUCCAAAGCCUGAUCGAGACCACCGGCAAGAGGGCCGUGCUAAGGGGCAUCGGACCGACACAGGGAGGGCCACUGGGUGCCGCCGUGGCCCAGCUGUCCGGGGACGGCGCAGUGCGGGGUGCGGUGCUGGGCGUGGUGCGCUUCGUGCAACUUUCACCGCUCACCUGCGCCAUCGAGGGCACCGUCGAUGGCCUGAGACCCGGCCCGCAUGGUCUGCACGUGCACGAGUUCGGAGACCUCACCAACGGCUGCUUCAGUUGUGGAGGCCACUUCAACCCACACAGGAGCAACCAUGGCAGCCCCGAUGACCCCAAUUCCCAUGUUGGAGAUCUGGGGAACAUCACAGCGGAUGAGCAUGGCAGGGCAUCGUUCCGCGUGAGCUCUGGAAAAAUAAAGGUGGGAGAUAUCAUCGGACGAUCGGUAGUGGUGGAUGAGACGGCAGAUGACCUGGGACGUGGAACUCACCCGUUGUCAAAAGUCACAGGAAAUUCCGGGCCGGGACUGGCUUGUGGAAUCAUUGCUCGUUCCGCCGGACUCUUUGAGAACUCAAAAAAGAAGAUUUGCACGUGUGACGGCGUGACGCUGUGGGACGAGCGCGACAGGCCGGUGGCCGGGCCGGGCCGGCAGGGCCAGCAGCCGGCACACACGGCCAACCUCUAGUGCCACCCGCCAGCGGAUUAAGCAACACGGUGCAAGUAAAUACAGAUCGCGCUUGGUGCACAGAGCACCCCAUUGGAACACGCGAAGGACAACCAUUCCGAUCAAAUGAGACUUAUUGCUCCAUUCAUGUAUGAUUUUUUGACAUACGAUGGCAAGAUUAAAAGUAUGAUGUGAAAUUGUCUUAUGUUUAUUGUAAACAAUUUCACGCAAAUAAUUUGCUUACCGAGAAGACAUUCGUGAUUCUAUUAUUUGUCAGACUGCAGUUAAUUUUUUUCCCCCAAUGUUUCAAUAAAUUAUUCCAAUUACA